CAUUCCGCAAGCUUGACGUGUUUGCUUGUGGAUGUUUUGUUUACAUUUUAUUUUAUUUGAAACUUUUAUCUUUUCCCGUCCCUUUAUUAAGACAAUUAGUUGUCUCGACUUAUUUACAUACGAGUUAAAUGACUAUUCACCGCUGUGUUGUGUCUUGUUGUGAUUUUGUAGCCUAUUACUAAGUGUGUUUAAGAACUUGUGUUUUCGUGUAUUUUUUGUGAUUAUUUUGGUGAUUCCGUCGACCGGCGCUGUUGCUACACUCCUUUACUACUCUCGAACGAUGCGAGCGCACGCGAUUGGGCGCGCGCUGACGCGCUGUCUCUCGUGAUUGGUGCUGCGCGACGUCAGCUGCGCCCCCAUUGGCGGAGAUGUCGGGCCUGCCGCCGGCCGCUGACGAUCGCGUCAGUGGCGUUGAUGUGCGGGAGCAGGGCUCGGCUUUGAGGGUGGCGACCACCAGCCCCCACCUGGUGAGCCUGGGCACCGGCCGCCUCAGCACCGCCGUCACUCUGCAUCCACUUAAACAAGGUCGCGUAACAAUCGGCUCGGACCCCACAUGCGACAUCUACAUCGUCGGGCCGGGGGUGUCCCACCUGCACUGCCGCAUAGAGAACUCUCACGGCGCGCUCACGCUAUACCCCCUGGCUGGGCGGACGCUGCUCGAUGGGUCUAUUGUGGAGCGCCCGGUCAGACUGUCGCAAGGAAUGAUGCUGACGAUAGGCCGCUCGGCGUGCCUGCGGUUCAACAACCCCGCCGAGGCGCAGCUCAUGAAGGCCGUACUACCACCGCACCAGGAUUACCAGAAGCAUCAAGACCCGGUACAGUGCUAUCAAACGCAGAGUUUACCACAAAAAAUAUACAAAGACAACCCUCUAUCACAUUUAGACGAAGAAUUAGACAUGACCAUCAAAGAACUGAGCAAGAGAAAACCGCCAGCCGUCCCUAAGAAGCCUUACAGAGAUCUAGACCUUUCAGACUCGAAUUCAGACCACGAAUCUAGACCUAAAGUAUCCAGUAUUAUGGCCAAAGUAUCCAAGUUUGAGUACUACGCGAAAGCCCAACAGAAACCAGUCAGUAAAAGUCAGUUUUACACGCACGAAAAUGAGAUUUCUCCUAAAGUGUUUAGCUCAAAUUCGUUGACAGUUAACACUCCAGCGAAAGACGUGUUGGGUGGUAAAAAUGCUCCAAGCAACUUCAAGAAGCAAGAAAACCAAAGGGUUAUACAUUUGAACGAAAACAAUACAGUCGAACCUAAAGGCUACACAAACGUUACCAUAAGAAAUAGGAAUAAAAUCGAGGAAAUAGUUAGAAAUUUCGAUGACUCUUACAAACUACCCAAGAAAAUCAACAAUGACCAGCAAAAAGAUGUCUAUGGGAAGAUUAAUAAUGAUAUAAGGCAAAAUGAGCUCAAAGGCCAUAGUGAUAGGACUCAGUUUGAUAUGGGGAAUGUGAGGAGUCCGACCUUACCACAGUAUAGUCAGAAUUAUUCUCCGGUCUAUAGUAAUUCUAGUCAUAUGGAUAGGAGCGGGGAAGCUGAGAAUAAACGGAUGCAGGCGUAUCAAGACAGAAUCAAGGAAGAGGAGCAGAAAGACGCAGAGAAUGCUCGUCUAGAGGAGAUUCUCAACAUGUGUGCUGAAUAUGAGAGGCAGAUCUCUUCAGGAACACCAAUAACCCCUACAGAGAAGCGUUCACAGAACAAGAUAAUAACGAACGGAUCUCUGCCACGGAGCGUCGCUCUCAACAACCCCAACUUUGUGCAAACUAGCGAUGGAUAUUACAAGUUUGAUACUAGUCAAAACCACGGUAGCAGUCCCAUGAGCAGGUCUCUUCCCAUCCAACGCAAUUUGUCCAGCUACGAAAACUUCGAUGUCUCCCAAAUGUCCCCACACUCUAUAACCGAACAAAACACACCCGAAGUGACCAUCAAAGACCAAAGCUAUACAGAAAAUGUCGGCAGAAUGGACGAAAUCGGCAUUCCGGUCUAUGAAAAUUAUAGACAUGAUUUAUCAAGCCCGGUUAUGAUAAGAAAACUUAAUGGGGAAUUGCAAACUAGUUCUCCAAUUGGAAGUCCGUAUGAAAAUGUGUAUUUAAAAGGCAAUUUAAAGCCGAAAUCACCAAAUACGCACAGUCCUAGAACUAGAAUAAAAACCACGUUUGCACACAAAAACCUGCCUUCGCCCCAAUACUUUGUCUUUCCCACGCCACCCCCUAAAGAUACUAAACCAAAUUUCAAUAUUGUGUCACAAAGUAGUAACGAAAAUGAAAUGAAUAAACAUGGUGCUGAAAGUGUUACAAAUAAAAAUAAUGAAAGACAAAACAAUGUCGCUAAUAGUCAAAUAUACAAAGAUGUUACAAAUAACAAAGGUGAUAAAAAUGUAAAUGAAAUUGCAAAACAAAAUGACGAAAAUGUUACAAAUGAUAAGCAGAAAUUCGAAGGAAUCGAAAAACAAUUGAGUUUAGAAGAAGAUAUACCAAUGAUCGACGAUUCCAAUUUAACAGACGACAUAGAAUUCAGGUAUUCGAAAAUCAUUGAUCCAAACGAAGAAUCUAACCUUUUAGAUGAUGAAGAAAUUACAAUAUCUAAAAACCAAAGUUUCGACGACGUUAAAAAGGAACUUAUGGCAGAUAUACCGGAGUUAGAUGAAUUUGAGAAAGAUUUGCAACAAAAUAGAGGAAAAGUUAUAAGAAAUAUUGCAAAAGAUACAACAAACAUAGAAGCUGUUUCAACAGAAAGCAGUGUAUCUUUGAAUGAUAAUCUGAAAGAGUUGAGGGAAAAAUAUGAAAGUUUAAAAGAAGAAAGAAGGAAGUUCGUCGCUGAAAUUCAUGAAAUCAAGUGCAAAAUGUCUGAAAUCAGAUCGCAAGAGGAUGAUAUUUUAAGAGAGCUAGAAAUGGAGAAAGCGCUAAUAAAAGGCGAAUACGACUCAGAAAUAGCCAUCCUCAACAUAGAGCAGAAGAAGAAGAACGACCUUCUAGACAAAUACAAGAAGAUAGAAGAAGAUAUAAAGAACUUGAAGGAGAAGCAAGAGGCGAGACAGAACGAGAUGAGAGAUCGAGUCGAGAUCGCUACUAUGAAAGUUGAAAGGCUAGAACAAGACGUCCGCACCGACGCGGCGACAGUGGAGGAGCUGCAGAGCGCGCAGGACAUCCUCGACAACGAGGCCAAGAUCUGCGAGGACCUGGAGUUCCAGCACCUCGAGCAGGAGUCCGAGCUGUUGGCAAACAGAGAAGACUUGCAGAACGAAAUAAACGUGCUAACACGAAAGAUAGAAGCUCAGAAAACUCGAAUCCUGACCCUCAAAUCUGAAGCCAACGAAAAUUUAACGUCAGCGCUGGAUGAAACUAAAGUAUUACAAGCUCAGUAUGUCAAAUUACUUAAUAAAGUCGAAGAAUUGACUACCAAUGUCCAAGAUAUAGAAAAAGAGUUAAAACCAGUAGUCAAUAAGCUAAAUGAUAUAGAAAGAACACAAUCUCCGGACAGUGCGUUCUUCACAGACCAAAACAGAGCUAAAUCAGGUGAAUUCGGAUAUUCGCCACAGAGCAGUGACAGCGAUGACGUAGAUUUGACAAAAAUAUCCGAAAACCACACGAAUAAACUGAAAUAUAAAUUCAAUUCUGUAGAUCAGAUGUCACAGUCUAUGAUCGUUGAUAUUGAACGAAGAGAUAUAACUGACAUAGUUGCGGAUACAUCGUUGAGGCAAAGCGAAAGUCCAUCGAAAUCUUCAACUUCUAGCAAAGAGAAGAAAGGGUUCUGGGAAAGAAACUUCGACUCGCUUAGCAGACGCAAAAAGAAACAGAAAUCUCCAGAAAAACAAGAUAUAAUGUCACAAAGUCUGAAUGAAAACCUGUUCUACAAUGAUAACAUAGAAAACGAACCAAAUCUAGACAGAUUCAACAGCCUCAGAAAUUCCAAAAAGAAGAAAGAUUCGAAUGUAUCUAAAAGCAAUUCUUCAUCAAAAAUACCAACCUUUGCAGCGUUAGGAAAAAUCAUAAAAAAGGAUUCGUUCAACAGAAAAAAGGACACAGACACCCAAGACACUAACAGCAACAAAAAUCGUUACGUGAAAAACGGUAAAAUACCGACAGAUAACAAGUAUUCGAAAGCUAAAGUUUCACCUGAAAAAAUAGUUGAAGUUUCGACAGAAAUUGAAAACGAAGUGCCUAAUCAAAAGGGCCAUAAUGUGACGUUUGAUGAAAAUAAGACAGUUGAUAGCGAACUUGAGAAUUGUCAGUUGAUUAAAGUACUUCAUAGGAAAAGCUGUGGGGAUGAGCCCAGUAUAAAGAAUGAUGUGAAACGGAUAUCAGAUUCAGGCAAGAUCCCUUCCCAAGACGACAUAGACCGCAUAUCCAAGGUUACCUCGGAUGCUCCGAUCCUGUCCAGUGAUGAUAUGACCAGUUUAGGCAAGAGAGCCGUGGACAGCCUCAUGGAGGUUGAAAAGAAGAGGAAAGUCAUGCUGGAAGAGCAGGGAUGCCAAGUGAUAGAAAACGAACGCGAGAAAAUCUCUGAACUAAAACGUCGAGUUCAAACCGAAACCAAGAAACUGUGGGACCAAAAGUACAAGCACGAGCAGACGAAAUCCUUCGACAGUGACAGCUGUCAGUUUGACAGGAGCCUGUCGAACGAGUUUGACAGGAGUCUGUCAAACGACUUUGACAGUUUGACGCAACAGUUGCGGGAGACGACCAAUGUGGUGGAUAAUUCUGGAGCGAUGGAUGCGUUUAAUAGUAUGACUGGAUCGACUAUUUUUGAAGACAGUUCGGGUCUCAUGUCAUCGUCCAUCGAAGAGCUCCAAGUGAGGAACUCUCGCACAGAAUCUGUGGAGGAAGAGAAGAGAAGCGACGACAGCCGCCCGCUGAGCCACGCCUCCGACUUCAGCCGGGAUAAUGUCUUGUCGCUACCGUCUCGCGGGCGCCGCUCCAUAGCGCCGUAUUCCCACCAGCGGCCACUGACCCGGUACCUGCCCAACGACAGAGACGACUUCGACCUGAGGCUACACGUGCAGUCUGCAGGUCACCAAGUGGACCUGUGCCCGCACCUCACCGUCACGUCCACCUCCUGCCGAGGAUACCUGCACAAGCUGGGGGCCAAGUUCCACACCUGGUCCAAACGUUGGUUCGUUUUCGACCGAGACACGAAAACGUUCGUAUACUACUGGGACAAGAGUGAGCGCAAGCCGCGCGGGGGCGCCUACUUCCAGGUAAUAGAAGAAGUGUAUCUCGACCACGGCAACACGUCCAAAUCCCCGAGUCCACAGACCACAUUCAUAGUCAAGACGCGGCAACGACGGUACUACCUGAUGGCGCCUUCGGGGGAAAGCGCGCGAAUGUGGAUCGAUGUAAUAUUCACCGGAGCGCAGGCAUACGCCGAUUAUCUAGACUAGAAAUAUCUAUAUACACAUCUGUAGAGAAGGCAUAGCACGGGGCGCAAGAUACGCCCUAGCGCACGCCUAGUCGUGACAAGAGUUAUGCCGCGCGGCUUCGAGAGUAAGUGCGGAGGAAAAGUUUGUUACGUCAUGUAGUGAGUGUCUUGCGCCCCGUGCUAGGUCUUCUGGAUGUUGCGAAAGCGGUAUACUAAUACUAAGCCGAAACGGGAUGACUCAGGAGGUCAUUCUGAACAACUUUUGUUUUACGACUUUUUGAAAUUCACGAUUUUAUUAUUUAGUAACUUUGUUGGCUACAUGACUUUACUAUGUAAAGGAUUUUUUAUUUUCUGGAGAACUAGGUACCUACCUAAAGUUGUUCUAAAUGACCUCUUGAAAUCAUCCCCUUUCGGCUUAGUAUACCACUUUUGCGACACCCUGUAUAACCUACACUAAGCAUAAGUGUGCUGAUUGUAAUAGUACAUUUUCAGGACUCAGUAUGUGUGCUUUAAGACGAGUGUGCUAUGUGUAAUAUUAGGUUUGGGUUGUUUGCAUGACUGUGAUUUUGAUGAGUGCGCUAAGUGUAAUAGUGAAAGUUUAGUAUACUUAUAGGUUUAUUAAUAUUUUUGUGAUUAAAAUUUAUAGAAAAUCUGUUUACCGAAAUUGUGUAUAAGGACUUAUUUGCAUGAUAUUUUGUUGAUUGCUUUAAUACACCUCACACUUUUUAUUAUUUAAUAUUAAUGAACUAUAGUUUUACAUAAUUUAAGGAUACAAUAAUAAAAUUGUGCACUUAUAUGAUAUAAAAAGGUUACAUUUGUUAGUAAUAAUGAGAAUAGAUCUACCUAUUAACUAAAUAAGUAAUAUUAUGACUGAGUAUUCGUGCCUCAAUAAAGUAGACUUGGUAUUA